AAAGCACACGUAACAUAAAACACUUGUUAUGUAUCCUCUCUAAACCCCUAAAAUGACUCAAUCAACUGCUCCGAUACUAAAACGACUCCUUUCCGGCACCCCACCUCAUCUCCGAUCAUGGUUCCGCCCCAUCACCCACAUGCCCCGACCCGGAUCCGACACCACCCGACCCGUUUCCCCAAUCACCAACAACGGUACACCAACACCUGUCACUCUAAUCCCGGGUGACGGGAUCGGGCCCUUGGUCACCGGCGCCGUUGAACAGGUCAUCAACGCAAUACAAGCGCCGGUAAUCUUCGAGAAAUUUGAAGUUCAUGGUGACAUGAACAAGAUACCUGAUGAGGUUAUGGAUUCGAUCAGGAAGAAUAAGGUUUGUUUGAAGGGUGGACUGGUUACUCCUGUAGGGGGUGGGGUGAAUUCGUUGAAUGUUUUAUUGAGGAAAGAGUUGGAUCUGUUUGUUUCGGUUGUGAAUUGUUUUACUUUGCCGGGGUUGGUUACGCGGCAUGAGAAGGUGGAUAUUGUGGUGAUUAGGGAGAAUACUGAAGGGGAGUAUUCUGGGUUGGAGCAUGAGGUUGUUCCUGGUGUGGUUGAGAGUCUUAAGGUGAUAACGAAAUUCUGCUCUGAGCGUAUCGCAAAGUAUGCGUUUGAGUUUGCUCACCUGAACGACAGAAAAACUGUGACGGCAGUUCAUAAAGCAAACAUCAUGAAACUUGCAGAUGGUCUUUUCUUGGAAUCUUGUAGGGAAAUUGCCAAAAAGUAUCCCGAGAUCACAUACAAUGAGAUUAUUGUAGACAACUGCUGCAUGCAACUUGUUUCAAAACCUGAGCAAUUCGACGUCAUGGUGACACCUAACCUGUAUGGAAACCUAGUUGCAAACACUGCUGCUGGUAUUGCUGGCGGUACGGGGGUCAUGCCAGGAGGUAACGUUGGCACGGAGUACGCGAUCUUUGAGCAAGGCGCAUCAGCCGGCAAUGUUGGGAAACCAUCAGUGGUUGAGAAAAAGAGAGCAAACCCAGUGGCUCUGCUUCUUUCGUCAGCCAUGAUGCUGAGACAUCUUCAGCUUCCUGAUUAUGCAGAUCGUUUAGAAACUGCAGUGAAACGCGUCAUCUACGAGGGUAAAUACCGAACAAAAGAUCUUGGUGGAAGUAGCACAACACAAGAGGUUACUGAUGCAGUCAUAUCUGCACUUACAUGACUAGAAUCAUAAUCUGAUCUUGUAAUUAUUCUUUGUUACAACCGACUGUUUUGCCAAACAUUUUAACUAGGUUUUGGUUACAUACGUGGUCCAACAGAAACCCACAAAUUAUUGUUGAACCCAUAUCUUGAAUAAAGUUUAAAUCAAUGACCUGAUACUUCAUAGA